AUGAAUGCCUGCCAACUGAAAGUCUUGGAAGGACGUUCUCUGACCUCUACCAGCGUUGUAGAAAGAGAAACCGUUGAAAAGCGAGGCAAUGACGACCAAAAUGAUUUUGUUCCAGACAUAGGUAGGAGUUCUCCAGUAUUGUUCCAAGACUCUGCGAGUAACCAAAAGGUACUGAGUCAAGAAACUACUAGCAAACUCAUCCUGAGCGUGAGGAACAGUAGAAACUGGCAACUUGGCGAGCUCGGAUUCCAUUCUCUUGAGCUCAUCACGGAUAACCUUUCUCUCAGUGGAUUUGAGCCAGACCUCGUGGUAGUCUUGCAAAGCGUGGGAACCAGGAGCAGCUCCAAUGACUUCCAACAUCCAUUCGGCAGGGUUGGCCUCUGGAGGACAUUUUGGCGAGCCUUGUGGCUUGGCUGCCAACUCAACACCAAUGGUCAAUCUCUUACGUUGUUCAACGUUCAAUCCUUCACCAGCAACACCAACAAUGGCGUCAGCAUACUUUUGCAUCUCCAAGAUGUUGAUAACGUUCUCAACGUACUCGUCCUUCUCGGAUUUUGGAACGUCCUUACCUUGUCUCAAGUAUGCAGAGAAUCUCAGAGCCUCUCUAACAGUGGAAGUUCUGAGGUGCAAAUCCUGUUGCUGAACAUAACCGGUGUUUCUUUGGAAAGAACUGUCUCUCAAUCUACCGUUAACAAACAUAGAUCCGGAAACAACACCCAUGGUCACACGGUUAGCAAGCACAUCCAACAAUGUAGUCUUACCAGCACCAGAGGCACCCAUAAGGGCAGUCAAAGUACCAGGCUUGACCCAACCGUCAACGUGAUCCAAAAUUCUUCUGGUUUCAGACUUGAUUUUCACCUCGUAGCAAACGUCUCUCCAGUGGAAAAUGUCCUUACCGGCGAUCAAUUGAGCAACACCGUCAGAAGAAGAGGAGUCCUCUUGCAGACCGGCAGGCUUCUCGCUGUCGGAGCCCAUCUCCACGUCUUGAGAAACAGAGGCCAGUUGCUUUUGUUUCUUCAACUUGUUAAGAGUGGAUUUCUGGAACACCAAGACUUCACCCUUUUGCAUGGCACCCUUAGAGUUCUCAACAAGAACCAAGUAAAAGGAAGUCAAAAACACACAGAAUCCCAUCAUGAUACCAAAGUUUCUCCAUCUGUGGCUCCACUUGUAACGGAACGACUCGUAGAUGUAUCUGUCACCGUUAACUUUGCUGUCACCUGCCUGAGCACUAACAACUGA